ACAAAACUGUAAACAUUCCAAUGGCAUUGCAUAAGCACAUCACAAAUAUUAAACUAGUAAUUUAAAUAAUUUUUUCAUCAAAUUAAAAUUAAGAAAAUCAGCUACUACAAACGUGUGACAUCUAAUAAAAAUGUGGAUAGACUACAAUUGAAUAACUUAAAACUUUUAAAUGAUAAAAGGAAAUUUCGGUCAUAUAGUAUCAUAUAACUGUUAAUAAAAUAAUUUCAGUUAAAACUAUGUGUGACAUUGUAGUGUUGGGUAUUCUUAUCUCAAAAACGAACUGGAAAUGAGCGCAAAUUGUAGUUGUACGCUUAUAAAAAGUUGCAACAACAUAAUAGUGGAUACUAUGACACCAUGGGACUCAGAUAAAAUUGUUUCUGCUCUAAGUAAAGAAGAACUCUCUGUUGAAGAUAUAAAUUAUGUCAUAUCCACACACGGACAUUCAGAUCAUACAGGCAAUAAUAAUCUUUUCCUAAAAGCAAAACAUAUUGUUGGUUUUAGUGUAUCAUAUAAAGACAAUUAUUACUUACAUCCUUUUCAGGAAGGUGAAGAGUUUAUAAUAAAUGAUAAUGUGAAAGUAGUUCCAACUCCAGGACAUACACUUUCAGAUGUCACAGUUCUGGUAAUAAAUAGUGGAAAUGAAACUGUUGCUAUUACAGGUGAUUUAUUUGAAAAACUUGAGGAUAUAGAAAAUCCAAGUGUUUGGCUUGAUGCAGGUAGUGAAGAUCAUAUUCAGCAAAGAAAAAAUAGAUCAAAAAUAGCUCAAUUAGCAGAUUGGAUUGUGCCAGGACAUGGACCAAAGUUUAAAGUUACAGAUAAAAUUAGGGAGUCCUUAUUACAACAAAUUAUUAAGGAUCAGCCUUAAUAUUAUUUAUGAAAAUUACAUUUCCAUAAUGUAUUUCAUUG